AUGCCAUGGCUGCUAACGUGCUCGAAGCUGACGCUCUUCACCAUAGCUGGAGUUGCGAUUCAAAUGGUUGGCCUCUCCAUCUUCGUCUUCGGCUUCUUCCCUGUCAAACCAACCCUACCUGGACACAGUGGUCCGGAGAGUUUUCAAGCACCCAAGUGCAAUUCGAUUCAAAAUGAGACCGAGAGAGACCUGCAUCCUCAUCAGCUCGGGUCACUGUAUAAGGAACUAUCUGGAAUGCCCCUUGCAUUUGACCGGCUAAUACUAAUGGUUAUUGAUGGUCUUCCAGCAGAACUUGUGCUUGGCAAGGAUGGUAAGCCUCCAAGCAAGGCAUUAAUGGAAGCCAUGCCAUAUACUCAAUCACUGCUUGCUAAUGGAAUGGCAAUUGGAUAUCAUGCAAAGGCUGCACCUCCAACUGUUACAAUGCCUCGUUUGAAGGCUAUGGUUUCUGGAGCAAUAGGGGGAUUCCUGGACGUGGCUUUGAAUUUUAACACACAAGCUAUGUUAGAUGACAAUCUUCUCGACCAGUUUUUCAAGAUUGGUUGGAAAAUGGUGAUGCUUGGUGAUGAAACAUGGCUUAAGUUGUUUCCAGGAUUAUUUAUUAGGCACGAUGGAGUCAGCAGUUUCUUCGUUAAAGAUACAGUACAAGUGGAUCAAAAUGUUUCUCGACAUCUGGGUCAUGAGCUUAACAAAGAGGACUGGGAUUUUCUGAUUCUUCAUUAUCUGGGCUUAGAUCAUGUGGGACAUAUUGGUGGGCGCAACAGUGCCUUGAUGGCUCCAAAACUUUCUGAGAUGGAUGACGUGGUGAAGAUGAUUCAUAUGAAUAGUAUACUAAAUAAAAAAAAUGAUCAAGGACGGACACUCUUGGUCGUAGUAAGUGACCAUGGCAUGACUGAGAGUGGUAAUCAUGGAGGGUCCUCAUAUGAAGAAACUGACUCCUUAGCCCUUUUUAUUGGCCUGAACAAUGACAUCUCUGAUUAUUCGUCGUCCACCCAUAACAUCAUUUAUCAGGUCGACAUUGCACCAACAUUAGCUCUUCUAUUUGGCGUUCCAAUUCCAAAAAACAAUGUUGGUGUCCUAAUUGCAGAAAUUUUUGGGUAUUUGGCUGAUGACCAACAACUGAAGGCACUGGAGUUAAAUUCCUGGCAAUUGCUUAGAUUAUUGCAAGCACAAAUGCCUGGUUUAUCAUGUCGAAAUUACCUAUGUGAUGGCUUCAAUGAUGAUCAAGAGUCCAAGAUAACCAAAUGCUCUGGGAGCAUGGGAAAGAUGUUUUGUUGCCUAUAUACGAAUGCUGCACUUCUCCAAAAUUCCUGGAUGUCAAAGGAAUUCUCCAGGUCUAAAAGUAGGGAAGACUACAGCAGCGCUGUUACAGCAUACUAUGAGUUUCUGAGAACUGCAAGUGAGUGGUUAUCACGCAGCGCAACUGAUAAACCUGUCAGCCUACUUACUCUCGGAAUUGCUGCAAUGCUCAUGUCUUGUCUGAUAUUAUUAAGCCUUCUAUUUAAUAUGUGCAAAGAAGUCUACAUCAGAGAGAGGCGUUAUAUUGAUCCUCAUUGUAAGUAUGGUAUCAAGUUCUAUGGUAGAGGAAGAGCAAUACAUUUGGCAUUUUGUGGCUUCCACAUUGAUUUGUUAUUAUUGCGUAAAGCAAUACAAUGUCCUCCAUGUGGAGGAGCUCAAGAUCUCCAUACUUUAUCCAAGGAACAAAACAAAAUAAGUUGUUUUCGAUUGAGUUCCAUCUUUGUGGUUCUUGUUUCUGGAAGGAUAUUGAGAGGCUGGCACCAGGGAGGCGUGAAUUGGACAAAUCUUCCUGACAUUUCUAAGUGGCUUGAGCAGGCUGGGACUGAUAAUAUAAAAUCAAUUCAGCUCGUCUCAUGCCUUCUACUGAUGACCUUAAGCUUAUAUGUUCUUUUUCUACUUGGGUCCAACAAAAAGUUUGUUCUGGUGAUUGGAUUUAGCUUUCUUAUGUCUGGAUUGUUGGUUUUGCAACAUGUCACUAAGCAUCAGGAUGCCUUACCAUGGCUUGUACCUUUUUCAAUAUCUGAGAUGUGCUCGAAUCAGGAUUUGUACAUGUCAACUUCUGCUCCCAAUGAAGUUCAAAAUAAGUCGCUUAUGGCAAAAUUAAGAGAUUCUCUAUAUAUAAUUGGGUGGACAUACAUCUCCUGCUGGUGUAUUCUGCAACUUUUGCUUCAACAAACAAUUAACUCAAUGCCUAUACUAUUGCUACUUGUGCAAAUUUUCGCCAGCAUGUUGUAUUUUUCUUACAGUGCUCUGCAUCAUAAGCCGUGGGUUGAGGUUGCUGCAUUUUACUUUUUGGGAAUGGCUGGCCAUUUUGCUCUGGGGAACAGCAAUUCUCUAGCUACUAUUGAUGUUGCCGGAGCUUUUAUUGGCAUCUCAAGUCACUCGACGGUACUUUCUGGCAUCUUAAUGUUCAUGAUCACCUAUGCCUCCCCAAUGUUAUUUAUCCUUAGCAUGGUGAUGUAUAUCUCUGUGAAGGAGACAAGCUAUCUCCCAUCUCCCUUCAGUGCAGAUUCCACACAACUCCUCAAAAUAAUGCUUGGCUUUCCUUGUCUGGUUCCACUGGGGUUGAACUCCAUUUUGUUGACAGCGUACACCAUCAUAUUGCUGUUAAUGAGGAACCAUCUCUUUGUUUGGAGCGUCUUUUCUCCCAAGUACAUUUAUGUUUGUACUACAACAGUAUGCGUCUAUGUUGGGGUAUCUGUAGUAGCUACAACUGUGACAUAUACAUACUUGGUGCUGGGGUUUAGAAGAAAGAUGCAAGGUGAGCUUAGCCAUCAGCAGUGA